GCUCCAACGAUUAAAAGCCGAUUGCUGACUCACCCCGCGCAGGAAGCAGGGGACGAUUCCAUUCAUUCGCCUCCACCACCGCCGCCAGCGCCAUUACGAGCCGUCGAGCAGUCCAGCAUCGCCAUCCACCAUACCUAAUUAUCCACCAUGGAAGUCGCCUGCCAAUGCGGCACCGUGCGCUUCACCACGCCGACGCCGGCGCCGCUGGCCGUCUACCACUGCCAGUGCACCGAGUGCCGCAAGCAGUCGGCCUCGGCCUUCGGCACGAGCGCCGUCCUCCCCGCGCGCGGGCUGUUCCCGCUGCCGGCGGAGCUGGCCACGAAGCUGGCCGUGUGGACGCGCCCCAGCAACGCGGGCCGCUCCGUCGACGGCUACUUCUGCCACGUGUGCGGCGUGCGCGUCAUGCACCGCAUCCGCGAGGCCGACGGCGCCGAGCGGGACGUCGUCAGCGUCAAGGGCGGCCUGGUUAAGGGGCUGGACUGGAAGAGCGGGGUGCAUAUUUUCACGCGCAGCGCGGUUGUCCCGGUGCCUGAGGGCGCUGAAGCUUGGGAGGCGGAGCCCCCGGCGAUGGUGGGGAGGAGGGGUUGAGGAUGGGGACGUGGAUGUAUUGACAGUGUGAUGGGGCAGAGGAGUAAUGUUUGUUGGCCGUAGUGGCCCAGAUACGAGCUUGUCAUGCAAUCCAAGCAGUUGCGCUGACGGGAUCUUGGUCCGGGAGACAGCCAGCCGAAGAUCGGCGACGGGGCAAGUGACUCAAGCGUCAAGUGUCGAC